AUGCACUUCACAGCAACGGACAAUUCUUUAACAUCGUAUAAAGUUGUUGGGGUCAUUGGUACUGACGAUAGCAUUACAUCUGGCCCUGUAGCACAAAUCUUGAGUGUUUCUAAUAUGCCUUUGAUAAGCUUUUGGGCAUCCAAUGACGCACUUAGCAAUAAGGUAUGAUUCUAGUCAGUUUUUUAAAUAUAUAUUUUGUUGAAAAAUAUAACUACGCGAUUUAUACUUUUUAUAUGAAAAAUAUAUUUUAACUUAAAGCAUUUUUAAUGUCAGAGAGGGUUUUAAAUAAUUUAACAGUAAAUUUUGCAUUGAAAUAAAAAAAAACAACAACUUGAGACACAAAUAUUUUUUCGAAUAGUAUGUGGAAAAUUACUGACACCUUUUGGAAGCUAGCGAGAAAUAAACAUUAGCCUCUCGAUUCCAAAUUGUAAGUUUGAAAAUGAUUAAUAGAAGUCAUUUUUACUAAAUCGAUUUUAAAGCUCUAUUUUUUCCACAAAAGGCUUAUAAUGGUGAAAAUGUAAGAUCACUCCCACCCAUGAAAGUCAAAUAAACAAGGGAUACUCUUCUGUCACAGGCUUAGGCGGUUUGUUUGAUAGUGUUGAGGGGAAAUGGAGCGUUCUAGGAAUCAAGUUGAUCGAAUCACCUUAACAGCAUGAUCUCCUUGUAUUUAAUCUAGAUUUAAUAAUUUUUAAUAUAAUCAAAUAAAUUAAAAAUGUAUAAUAUACAAUGAUAAUCUUUACACAAUUUAGCUCAUCUACCCAAACUUUUGGAGAGUUUUGGCACCAGACACGUACUUGCUGUUAGGUCUGACAGACUUCUUGACACUUCACAACUUCAACUAUGUCUCAGUCAUGUUCUCCGGCACACGUCGAUCAAUAUCCAUGUACUGGACAUUAAAGAGACAACUAUCUCUUAUGAAAAUAUGCGUUUCGAGAAAGUUGAUGAUUAAUGAGGGGACGAACAUUACCGAUUUAUUGUCUGAGAUGCUCAACGAUGAACUGGCCUCAAGGAUUAUCGUUGUCGUCGGAGACCAUAUGCUAACAAAUGCAAUCAUGUCGAGCGUUAGUGGAUCAGUGUUUGAAGGCAAGUUCCUGUGGAUAGGAAAUGACUUCUGGGAAGUAUAUAUUCACAGAAAUCGAGCACCGCAAGGUUCAAUUGCCUUACAUUACAACAGUGUUCCACUUCCAGACUUUAGCAGUUAUCUUCGGGGACUAGACAUCCACAAUAAAAACCCAUGGUUCCUCAAAGCUUUAACAGAUAUCGAUGGCUGCAGUGACACUGACUGCAUCAAAAGACGAAUAGAAACAACAAUUGAAAACCCCAGUAAGGUUUUAGCAUUAAUGGACGAUUGUCCGUUUGUGAUCGCUCAUGCACUGGACAGAUUUUUAAGAUCAAAAUGCCCUGGAUUACGGGAAAAACUCGUUUCAAAUUGUUUUUACGCCAACUUCAACAACUUUUCACAUUUUAUCUCAGAAGUUAAAUUUGAAAGAAAUUUACAGAUGUUUGAGUUUAGCAAAGAACAACAUGGCUUUGGGGUAUUCUCCAUGAUCCAGUCAGCUUUUGACAUAAGUGCUGUACCUUUAGAAAUAUCCCAAUACAUUAUUAAAAGGAGGACAACUGUUAUCAUCAACAGGAUAUCAACCUCACAGUUAUUGAUUCCGUACUCAAUGCUGGAACCCCAAAAUUAUUGCAUGAUCCCAUGUUCUGCAGGCGAGUAUCGAUACUAUAUUUCUCGGUGCUGUUGGAAGUGUAGAGAAUGUCAAGAUAACCAGAGGGUCAGUGAAGAUUUUGAAACCUGCGAACGAUGUCCUUCAUUGCACUGGCCGAAAAUCUCCAAAGGUAAAAGGAAUAAAUGCGAGAAGAUAACACCAGACCAUUUUGAUUUGUUUUCUCUAAAGUCCACCAUAAUGAUUGCAGUCGCCUGUUUGGGGAUCAUCAGCGUUGUUUACAUCCUCAGGGAAUAUCUCAAAAACAAAUUGCACCCAGUGAUCAAAGCCUCGAGCCUAGAACUGAGCGUCAUUCAGCUUGUAUUCAUUUUGCUGGGCUACCUUGCUGUGCCUGUUAUUGUAGACCGACCGACGGCUCUCAAAUGUACGAUAGGGGCCCUGCUAUUCACGAUCAGCUUCAGCAUUUUGUACUUCACGAUGUUGUUAAAAGCCAUCAGAGUGUACCGUAUUUUCUCAUCUUCUAAACAUGUGAAGACGGUGUCUUACACGAGUCCAGCCUUUCAGGUGUCCACUUCUGCGACUUUUCUUUGCUUUGAGGUAAGGAAGUGUCAAAAGGAUCUUUAUCUUAUUAAGCAAAUACAAUGA